AUGGAGGCGCAGGAGAACUCAUGGGAGGAGCGGAGGAAUUCCAGGGCGGACGCGGGGACGUCUUACGCGGACGUGACAAAUGAGGAGGUUUUGGAGGAGAUGGCGGAGGGCAUUCAGGCGAUGCGUAAGUAUGCGAGGCGGGCUUCGGAACGGAAGGCCGCGCCAGUUGGAACUGCGCCCGCGGGGGGGCAAGUGCGCAAUGCUCUCAUCGACGGCCUUGAGCCGUUCGUGCUUCGACAGAGUGAUUACGUUCGCGUGGGCAGGUGCCUCGCGUCUUUGCGUCGCGCUGCGAAGCGCGGCAAGGCCACGGGCGAGCGCGACGAUGGUUCCGUUCGUUCUCUCACGAAUUCGCAAGCGAUGAAUUGCUGCAAGCUUGCGGACAGCAAAAUCGAGAUGAGGAUCCGUCGUCUGAAGCUCGACCAGUCGCGGGCGGCCCCGUGCGCGACGUCUGGCACGCUCGAAGUGAGAGGUUUGGAAUUGAGCCCCAGCUUCAGGGCGGACUUCUUGAAGAUCGAUGUCUCGGAACUCAGAGCUCGGGAACUAGGGGAGAGCAAUUAUUGGCGCAAGACCUUCGAUGACAAUGGCAACCAGCGCAGUGCAAUCUGCGAGGACCGCAAGGGAGACGAGGCACCGCCGACGAAGCAGCGCAGGGGAGGGGGGGGCGCCAAGGGCAGCAAGGAAGACUGCUACAGCAAGCCCCUUUUCAUCUUGGCCGCGCGCCUCAGAGGCGGGGCGCCUCCGCCGGCGACGGCGGACCCGUGGCAGGAGGUGGCGGACCCCGCCUCUGGCCAGUCCUACUGGUGGAACCAGCAGACCAACGAGACCACCGCGGUCGGGGCCCCGAGGCCCGUGCCCGACGCGUGGAAGGAGGUGGCGGACCCCGCCUCUGGCCAGUCCUACUGGUGGAACCAGCAGACCAAUGAGACCACCGCGGUCGGGGCCCCGAGGCCGACGGCGGCCGCGGCCGCGCAGGCCGCCGGGGUGCCGGCGGCGGCUGGCGGCGCCGGGGGAGGCAUGAUGAGCGGCUUGGGGGGCGCGAUGGCGCAGGGCAUGGCGACAGGGGUCGGCUUCUCCGUGGCCGGCAGGAUGAUGGACGGCAUCAUGGGGCCGCGCCAGACGGAGGUGAUCCACCGAGACGAGGGCGGAGGCGGCGGAGACGCGGGCGGCGCAGGAGGCGGGGACGACGGCGACGGGUGGUUCUAG